GCUGUGCAUCCCACCACCGUUCAUCUCGCCUCGUGGUAAGGAUCACACCCUGACAAUCACUCAAGGACGGCAGCAGGAUUCAAAAAUGUCAAGACAGCGGCAUUUUCUAUCGCGGGAUUAGGGUACCUUGGAUGGAGAAAGGAAGAAAGGAACUAGCAGACUCGUUCGUAGAGGAACCUAGCAUCCUCGCGUCCACCAACACAGUAUGAAAUACACCAGCACAGAGACAUGACCAGCAUGGAGUGCUUGAAAAUGGUACCUUGGUCUAUUUCAAUCUCUUUAUUAUGGAUGUGGCGUACUUGAAAACACAGAGCGGACUAUGUAUUACUGAUACAUAGUCGUGGCCGUCAGUUACUCCAAACCGGGUGAUAUUCUGUAUCGCUCAAGUAACUCCACCAGAGCGACAACCUUACAGCCUUAGGAUACAUGCUCACGCGUCUCUCUUUCCACACAGAUACCAACGCUCGUCAUAAUGAACCCCGAAAAACUUGCCAAGCUCCAGGCCAACCAAAACCGCUCCAAGGGUGCUCCCCGCCGCGUGAUCAAGAAGGCUCACCGCCCUGUUGCCCAGGAUGAUCGCAAGCUCCAGGGCGCUCUCGAGAAGUUGUCGCUUGUUGCCCAGCCUUAUGUCGAGGAGGUCAAUAUGUUCACACAGGAGGGCACUGUUCUUCACUUCCGUCAGCCCAAAGUCCACGUCUCGGCUGCCUCCAACACCUAUGCCAUCUAUGGCCGUGGUGAGGAGAAGGAACUCACGGAGCUCCUUCCCGGAAUCUUGAACCAGCUCGGUCCUGAUUCCCUGGCUAGCCUCCGCCGCAUUGCCGAGAGCUACCAGCAGAGCGCUGCCGGCCAGGCCGCCAUGGCUGCCGCUGGCGUCCAAGCUGGCGACGAUGACGACGAAGUGCCCGAUCUGGUCGAGAGCUUCGAGGAGGCUUCGAUUGAGGAGACCAAGGUUGAGGAUGCUGAGGAGAAGAAGGAGGCUUCUGCCUAAUCGUUCGAGCGGAUCGAUGAAAUGUAUAAGGUCGACUUCAAAAGGAAUAAAAUGCACAGAUAUUGCUUGAAUACUAUACAAUACACCACAGCACAGCACAGCACAACAAGGCGAUAUCGACUGCACAAGGAAGCC